GAGCAGAGCAACACAGCAUCCGCGCCUACAGCAUCCUGCAGAUGACUCUGCUCCGGUGAGGAGAGGGAGGGGGGAAAAAACAAGUGUGGGAGAGAAAGAGGUAGACACAGAGAGAGGGAGAGAGGGACACUGAGAGAGACAGAAAAAUACAGAGAGAGUAAGAGGGGAAGGUGAAAGGAAUUGAGUAAACACCACUGCCUGCCUGAAGACCACUGCAGCUGUACUAAAUCUGGGGCUGUCACGCCAACCCUUACCAGAGCAGUGAGCAAGAGAGACAAGGGAGGAGAGGAGAAAAAGAAGUGAUUUGGAGAGGUGAUCUCAUCACUCUGUGCAAGCAGGGAUGGGAGCCCCAAGAGCCUCUCGAUCAGCAGCUCAAACUUCAAACAGAGGAAAAGUGCCUUCGGGUCAUCAGAUUGAGCCGGCUUCUUCAGAGGAGUGAAUGACAGGAAAAGGGGGCAGAGGAACAGGAUCACUCUGUUAGUUCCCAAAAGGACAACCCACGGACCACAUCUCUCUCUGACUGCUGCACGGCUCGGCACUGCUUAAGUCUCUGCUGUCCUGUUCACAAGUCUCCCUCGCCCCCCCCCUGCACCUGGCUGCUCCUGGUGAAUGUCUUCUCUGCAUGCACUCCCACUGCUCGGCAGUUGAACAUCCUCAUGGUCGAUGCCAAGGGAAGGAACAUGAAAUGUCUGACGUUCUUCUUGAUGCUUCCAGAGUCAGUGAAGAGCAAGUCAAGUAAAAGCUCAAAGAAAGGGAACGCCAGCGGCAGCUCCAAGCUGCCCCCAGUCUGUUACGAGAUCAUCACUCUGAAGAGCAAGAAAAAGAAGAAGAUGGCAGCGGAUAUUUUUCCCACCAAAAAGCCUGCAUCCACCACCACGGUCCAGCAGUACCAGCAGCAGAACCUCAACAACAACAACACCAUACAGAACUGUAACUGGCAGGGACUCUAUUCCACUAUAAGAGAAAGAAAUUCAGUAAUGUUCAACAAUGAGCUGAUGGCAGAUGUUCACUUUGUGGUGGGUCAGCCAGGAGGGACCCAGAGGCUGCCUGGACACAGAUACGUUUUGGCUGUAGGCAGCUCCGUUUUCCAUGCCAUGUUUUACGGUGAACUGGCCGAGAACAAGGACGAAAUCCGUAUCCCAGAUGUGGAACCAGCAGCGUUCCUCGCCAUGCUGAAAUACAUUUACUGUGAUGAGAUUGACCUGAGUGCUGAUACAGUGUUGGCCACUCUAUAUGCUGCCAAGAAGUACAUUGUCCCUCACCUGGCACGUGCCUGCGUCAACUUCCUGGAGACCAGCCUGAGUGCCAAGAACGCCUGCGUGUUACUCUCCCAAAGUUGCCUGUUUGAAGAGCCUGAGCUGACACAGCGCUGCUGGGAGGUGAUUGAUGCCCAGGCCGAGCUGGCGUUACGCUCCGAAGGCUUCUGCGACAUUGACGCCCAGACCCUGGAGAGUAUCCUACAGCGAGAGACACUCAACGCUAAAGAGAUAGUGGUAUUUGAGGCGGCACUAAACUGGGCUGAGGCUGAGUGCCAGAGACAGGAGCUCACCUUGUCGAUUGACAACAAGCGUAAGGUUUUGGGCAAGGCUGUGUACCUGAUCCGUAUCCCUACAAUGGCUCUGGAUGACUUUGCGAACGGAGCGGCCCAGUCGGGCGUGUUGACGCUUAAUGAGACCAAUGACAUCUUCCUGUGGUACACAGCAGCUAAGAAGCCUGAGCUGCAGUUUGUCAGCCAGCCCAGGAAGGGCCUGACACCUCAGCGCUGCCACAGGUUCCAGUCCUGUGCCUACCGAAGCAACCAGUGGCGCUACCGGGGCCGCUGUGACAGUAUACAGUUUGCCGUGGAUAAGAGAGUGUUCAUCGCCGGGUUUGGCCUUUAUGGAUCUAGCUGUGGCUCAGCAGAGUAUAGUGCCAAGAUUGAGCUCAAACGUCAGGGAGUGCUGCUGGGACAAAACCUCAGCAAAUACUUCUCUGAUGGUUCGAGCAACACCUUCCCAGUGUGGUUUGAGUAUCCAGUCCAGAUCGAGCCUGACACGUUCUACACAGCCAGUGUGGUUCUGGAUGGGAAUGAGCUGAGCUAUUUUGGGCAGGAGGGGAUGACAGAGGUGCAGUGUGGGAAAGUGACAUUCCAGUUCCAGUGUUCCUCGGACAGCACGAAUGGCACGGGGGUGCAGGGGGGGCAGAUUCCUGAGCUGAUCUUCUACGCUUGACAACCCAUAUGCACAUCUGACUGAUUUUCAGUGCACUAAAUAAUAGAAAACUAUCACUUUGUAGAUAGCGUCAAUCUCUGUUAAUAUUUAUUUCUGUCACUACUGUGAGAAAAAGCUUUUGAGAAAAGGAAUUUUGACCUGCUAUGAAAAGGUCCUCUGUGGUUUUCAUUUCAGUGAAUUGUCAGUUUGAAUGGGACCAGCUAAAUGUCUCAAGCUAUUGUGCUUUAAAAAAAGCAGGAAAAAAGUCCUACAAGAUUAAAAAAAAAACAAAAAAAAACUCUUGCACUGGAUGUUAAUGUACUGUAUAUAUGUGUAUAUGUAAAUUCUCAAAUGUAUAUACUGCCACAUUUGUGGUAAAUGCUGAAGGUAUCUUAUAUGAUGAUGAAUACGCUAUGUUUAUUAUUUCUAUGCUUGCAUAGGAUGCACAUAUAUAGCAGCAAUACAAUACUUCACAUUCUAUUCUAAGAUUUGUCCUCGAUGACUCACUCCUGACCAUCAGCAUUGUAAUGGAAACGUAAAAGGCUACGUGAUACUCAAUGCCAACAUUAAAUUUGAAGCCACGAUUACUGUUUGUCCAGCUGUAGUAUUUAAUACCCGUUAGACAUUUGUAUUUGGUUGGUUGCAACUGAAUCUCCAGCUUUGUGAUACUUUGCAUAUAGCAACGGGGCACUUAGAGAGGGCUUGAGGGGUCUUAGACUAGGGAGCACUAGAAAUAAUGAAACACAUAAACCCCCGUCUCUCUCUCUGUAGCAUGUUCUGCCACACCACACACUCAUCUCAGUUACUCCGCUGAGAUAUCAGAUACAUGAGUGUCCUUAUGUUUACAGUGAAAAUAAUGAUGACUUACAGUGAUUGCCAUUCACCGCUUUUUCUCCUUUUUUGCUAUAUCUGGAUCUGUCUGCAUUGCAGUACUUCUAGCAUGGGCAGAAGUGUGCCAUUUCAUCUAAUGUGUACUACUAAUUGUUUUGGCGCCUUGGUUUUGUUUACAGCAUCAAGAUCAAUGACGAUUCAGUAUUGGAAGCUGUUUAUCUUGUGGACUUUUACUCCUCCUUGUUGAAGAUUUGUGCACUCUGGUGAACUGCUGAGCACUCCCUCCCAAUGUGAUCAAAUGAACAUAUCAGUACCUGCAAAAGCAUAUGCUGCACCGCAAAGUAUAUGCUGAGGAAUUGCACUGAUGUUGGUUUGUAAACUAAUUUGUUAUUUUGUUUAUUUUUCAGUGAGGCAGCUUUAUGAUUUGCUGUUGCUGCUGAACUUUAUUUUCUCUGGUGUAGGAUAAUCGUCCACAUGCUAGUCUCCUGACAACAGUGGGUGGGCAAACUGGUGUUCAUGUCCUGUGUUUCCCGUGCUACCGUGCUGAGAGACCUAUGAAUGUGUACGAUUGUUGAUGAUACAAAUAAACCAAAUAAGUACA